CAUUCCCAUUCUCUCCAAUACUCCCUUCUCUGCCCCCACCUGGGUCUCCAGCCCAAUUUCCACUCCACUCCAUCUGCACCCCUCCCCAACUGGGACGGUGGAGGAUAACUUAGAGGCAGGCGUCACCCAGAUCAGCCUCCUGCUGCCAGUCUAAGACCUCUUUCUUGUUCCUCAGGUCCCCCCGGCAGCCAUGGACUUGGGUCUCUUGGGCAUGCCAGGUGCCCCUCAGGGUCGCAGCAAGACCCUGCUGGGAGCACGGAGCAGGGGCCCGGCCGUGCGUCGGCAGCGGGAGUUCCUGCCGGAAGAGAAGAAGGACACAGUUUACUGGGAAAAGCGGAGGAAGAACAACGAAGCAGCCAAGAGGUCCCGGGAGAAGCGGCGUCUCAACGAUGCGGCUCUGGAGGGCAGACUGGCUGCCGUGCUGCAGGAGAACGCUCUGCUCAGGGCUGAGCUGAGAGCGCUCAAGCACCGCUUUGGCCUCCUGUCCCCUGCUGGCAGCACCCGUAGCCUGCCCUUGCAGGCUCUGCUGUGGACGACCCCCUGGACUGGAGACCCCCUUUCUGGGGCUGAGCCACUCCCAUCUCUGCCUGGCUCCCCUGGCUGCGUCUUGAGGCCCUGUUCCCUGGAUGCUGGGGUCCCGGGAUGCCAGGGCUGCCAAGUGGCUCACAGGUGGACCAGCCUGGCAACUUCCUCCAGGCUCCCCCAGGACCCUGCCGCCCCUGACCCCAAGAGAAUGGACAUGGCCUUGCAAGCUGCCCUCCCAGCCACCUUCUUCAGCUGUCACCUCCUGAGUGGACAUGGGGGGCCCAGACCUGAGCUCAGGCCCUGCUGGGGACUGUGGUCUCCUGUGCCCACUGGUUGCCAGGCCUCAGGGCCCUCAGAUGUGUUACUGACACCCACUGUUGAUCCCAUGGGGCUGCCUCCCAGAGUGGCUUGCCCUGUCCCAGGGAACCAUCCCGAGGGUCUAGCUCAGCCCUCCCUGCCCCACAAACUGCGCAUCAAGUCCCGAGCCUCCAGCAGAGUAGCCGGAGGCUGCAAGGGUGGCCAGGGUCCCCUCUGAGGGCUUUCCCUAGGCAGGGCCAGGACUACAAGGGGUGGUUAAGGCUGA